CUGGAAAUUUUGAGUUGAUUGAGUUGCUGAGUUGAAAAGUUAGAAAUGGCGAACCAAAGAGGAACUGGAUUUGAUCGCCAUAUCACAAUCUUUUCACCUGAAGGACGCCUCUAUCAGGUGGAAUAUGCCUUCAAAGCUGUUAACCAAGGUGGAAUCACCUCUGUUGGUGUUCGUGGAAAGGACUGUGCCGUAGUUGUUACGCAGAAGAAAGUUGCUGAUAAAUUGAUUGAUUCAUCAUCAGUAACCAGAAUGUUCAAAUUGAGUGAGAGAUCUGGUUGUGUUAUGACUGGACUCAUUGCCGACAGUCGAGCCCAGGUCAAACGUGCCCGGCAGGAAGCCUCAGCAUUCAAAUACAAGUACGGCUACGAGAUGUGUCCUGACAUCCUGUCCAGGAGAGUUGGUGAAAUUAACCAGGUUUAUACUCAAGUAGCAGCUAUGAGACCUUUAGGAUGCUCUAUGCUGCUGACCGGGUGGGAUGAGGAGACUGACAUGCCUGCACUGUACAAAGUGGACCCUUCUGGAACUGUGUGUGGAUUCCGUGGCACCAGUGCUGGUGUGAAGUCGACCGAGGCAAAUAACUAUCUCGAGAAGAAAUUACGGAAGAAGCAUGAUCAGAAUGUCGAGAUGACGGCAGAUGAGACCAUUCAUCUUGCUAUCAAUACACUGGCCACUGUUCUCGCUGCUGAUUUCAAGCCGUCGGAAAUUGAAGUUGGCCUUGUCACGCGCGACCGCAUGUCGUUUAACACGAUGACCGAAUCCGAGAUUGACCAUCAUCUGACGCAGAUUGCAGAGCGCUCCUAAACAACUCCACACAUAUAAAUAUAAAUAUUCCAUUUUAAUUUCUGUAUGUGAUUGUAGCCCUGUACAACUGUAUAUAGUAUAGGUACAUGUAUUACUUUUGAUUUGAAUUGAUUUUUUACUCUUUUUUUUAUAUGCGAAUGUACCAUAUCAUAUGCCAUGCCUGCUCUGUUCUUGUGAAUGUGACUGUUUGUGAUUGGCUGUGCCGCAUGUACAUGUGCAUAUGGUUUGCCUGCUUUUUUGAUUUUUUACUCUGUAUUAUUAUGCUUAUGUCCCAUCAGGGAGUCAUACCCUGGUUUGAAUAUGACUCCCUGUGUCCCAUGUACAGUGUUACAACGUAUUGCUGAUAUGCCAUGCCUGCUCUGUGUUGUAUGCAAUGAUUUGAUGUGACUGUUCACAGCUGCUA